AUGACAUCAAACAUUGCAGAGUCAUUGAAUGCGAUAACAAAAUAUGCAAGAGAGUUGCCCAUAGUAGAACUAUUAGAGUACAUGAGGACUCUUCUUGAACGUUGGACUAAUGAAAAGUUAUUGAAAGUAAAGGGUACAUUAUCGCAGAAGAUGAGAGUGAGGGCUUCAACAGAUCACAUCCAUACAUUGAUAGAUGGUGUAAAACGCUUUAUUGUUUGUCUUCAAAACAAGAGAUGUAGUUGUGGACAAUUCCAGCUUGAUGAACUUCCUUGUGCACGUGCUUUGGCGGCUCUGAGGCACAGGAAUGAGUCUUAUGAAAACUAUUGUUCUCCUUAUUACACGAGGGAGAGCCUUUUGCAUACUUAUGAAAUACCAGUAGAUCCGCUGCCUGACGAAAGCAAAUGA